AAGAAAAAGAAAGAGGAAGAAAACGAAGAAGGAGCCGAAUUGUGGCUGUUCCAUACUGGUUUAAUUGAAUGAGGCUAAGGAGGAGCUAAUUUUUUUGCUAAUCAAAAUAUUAGAAUAAAACGUCCACUAUUCAGUCAGAAAGUCUGAGACUAAGGGGUAACGAGCUGGCGCAGGUCGUGGGUUGUCCGUGGACAAUGCGAGACAAUGGCGGUAGCCUGGCCCAGAACCGCUGGCAGGGGGACCUGGGCCUGACUGCUGUGGGGCAGGACAGCACUGGAGGAGGAGGGAUUCCUGGAGACCACCUCAUUGUCCCAGUGUCAGGCCACAGUGUAUCCAGCUCCAUGCACCUCAGGCUCGGGCAGAAAGAAAAACUGUGGACAGGACAGUAUGUCGAAGAUGAGGAAGAGGAUGGGCCUGGUGGAAUUGAAGCAAUUGGUGAUGAGGAAGAAGUAAAUAAUCUGUAUGAAGAUGAUAUAGAGGAUUUUCAAGUCAAAGGCUGGGGAAAAAAUGGACAAGAGGAAGAUGGGGAUGAGGUGGAAGAGAAUGAAGAGCAGAAGAAGGUGGAGUGGGAAGUCCCAGAUUUUCCCUGCCAGUCAAACCCAUACAGUCGAUUGCAACACCACCAAAAUCAUGGACCACGACAUAGGGAAGAAAAACUUGGUGACCCAUCUGUAGAGAAUAUUGUCUCCCCAUCUGAAGUCACUGGCUUGUUUGGGUCCCAGUUCAGCAGAUACCGGGCCCUGAAGAGGCUCAGACGCUUGCGACGCAUGCGGUCUUAUGGAGUUCUUGGAUUUCAGCUCGCCCAGCACUGGAAGAGCUGGCGCCAGAAGGCUCGAUGGAUCACCUUAGCUGGGCACCAGUGGAGUCGGAGACGGCAAACGUACAAUAUGUACGGCAGACUAAGGAGGACAAAAAACUUUCCACCAUUUUACAAUAAUGAUGAGGAUGACAGCCAAGAGGAGCGUUUAACAGAUAUGCAGUUAAAUGGCCCUUCUUCAGACAAGCAAGGAGACAAAAUGAGACGCGAAGUGGGUGUCAGACCAGUGGAAGUGGCUCUUAGUGAAGAACACACAAAAUGUGUAACUGGCAUUCUGGAAGAGUCUCUACAGCAGUAUGGCAGCUUGAUUCCCAUCCAUGUUGAUGACAUUGUGGGAAAGCUUCAGGAAGUUUUCCAUGAAAGCUUUUCACAACCACACAGAUUCCGGUCCAAAGACUGCAACUUCUGUCAGAAAAUGAAAGGGGUGGUCCAGCAUCUCAUUCAAUCCUUUCAACGUUCAUCUGGGUCUGCAGUGGCUAAAACAUUCAGAGUCAACUACAAGCGCCAUGUUUUGACCAUGGAUGACCUGGGCACUCUGUAUGGACAGAACUGGCUCAAUGACCAGAUUAUGAACAUGUACGGUGACCUCGUCAUGGAUUCUGUUCCAGAUAAGGUCCACUUUUUCAACAGCUUCUUUUAUGAUAAACUAAGGACAAAAGGAUAUGAAGGAGUUAAACGGUGGACAAAAAAUGUGGACAUCUUUCAGAAAGAUCUGUUGUUGAUUCCUAUCCACCUGGAGGUCCACUGGUCACUCGUCAGUGUUGACAUUCCACGCCGUACCAUCACCUACUUUGACUCCCAGCGGACUCUCAACAGGCGCUGCCCGAAGCAUAUUUUCAAGUAUCUUCAGGCUGAGGCCAUAAAAAAAGACCAACGAGACUUUUUGACAGACUGGAAAGGCUUUUUUAAAAUGAACGUGGGUCGUCAGAACAAUGACAGUGACUGUGGCGCUUUUGUACUGCAGUACUGCAAGUGUUUGGCACUAGGACAGCCAUUUAACUUUGGGCAGCAGGAUAUGCCCCGUCUAAGGAGGCAAAUGUACAAAGAACUGUGCCACUGCAAGCUCACCCUGUGACCUUGCACCCCUAACUCGCCCGGAUCCCAACAACACAGAGGGACUAAAAUCAGAAGGACAAGAAGAGCAAACAACAUGCUGGACAACAGAAGAUCUAAAGAAAAACGGUGACUCUUAAAGCAAGCAAUCAUUUCUAACACAUCUGAUAGUUUCCCAUUUUGAUUAGUCUUUUCUUCCCUCUGUUUGCCCUUUUAAAACUUGUUUGGAGUUCUCACAACAGCUACUUCACUGUGUUUGACAGAGACCAAGUCAAGUUUCAGUUCUGUGAUUGAUUUAGUCAUCUUGCCCUAGUUCACUUAUCUUUCAGUCUAGACUGAAAGAUAAACAGUAUGAAGAUGAUGUUGGAAGAAUCCAGGUCCUGCAGUAAAACCUGCUUUCAUGUAACAAUGUAAAACAAUCUGAAGCAGUCUGUGUAAGCUUGUGAUUGAAAAGUACCUGUCAGUUUUCCAUUCAUUCAGUCCAUCGCUGCAGGUGAUGUUUUAGCAAAUCCAACACUAACACUGCAGAAACUGAAAUGCUACAGCCGGGUAUUUGGACAUUGUCAUCUGUGUAGUACAAUGUGGCAUUUUGAUGUGUAUUAUAUUUUUUAAAAAGAUCAGUCAGUGUGUUUUAGCAGGAUUGGAACUGAUGGAAAUAAUGAAUUCUGCUGCCAGAAACCAGCUUUCUUGUGGCAUGUGACGAAGGAAAUAAGAAUUGUACAUUUUUUAAGUACACUUUUACCUGGCUUAGAUGCCAGAAGCUUUAUGCCUUUUCCAGUAAAACAAAGUAAACAGCUAAAUGUGAGAGAUUGGAUCUGCAUCAGUCUGAAAGCAGCCCAAACAAAGCAUAUUGAUACAAUGGCCCGAAACCGGGGUACCUUUUCGUUUCAUUUAUCUUUUUGUGUUUGCUGUCAGUAAAUGUGGUGAUAUACUUGUUGCUUUAAACAAAUGAUGUAAAAAACAACUAUGAAUUUGUUCUUUUGGAGCAAGUUCCAAAUGUUCUGUUUAGAAUUUCUUUGAUAAAAGCCAUUUUGGUUAGGACCACAACAGCUACACAACAGGCACAGUAUGCCCACAAUGGAGUUGCAGUUCUUUCUUCUUUUUUUUAAAUAAUAAAUAAUAAAAGACAA